GGCCGUAACGCCGUAACGUCGCGACGUCUAGAUACCGUCUUUUUCCCUUACGAUAUUUACGUCCCUAACGAAAACCGUCAGACGCGAUAUCGCAAGAUGAGACUCCGAUUUGUCGCAGUAAAAAGUCAUCUCAGUCUUCCGAGAUCGGUUCCGUCGCUUCGUAUUGUUCCGGUUAUCGCACGGCCACGGCAGGAAGUAUAGCGUAUUUCGCUAAGAGGAAGACGGAUGUAAGGACGCGGCGGUGCGUUUUGGCGAGAGAAUAACUUCGCCGAAUCAGUGCAAUUUCGAGUCGCAGUGACUACGAUGUCAGAGUGAUCUUUGCAAUUGAUCGAACGACAGACGUGCGUCAUCCAUCAUGCAGAAGCCUAGACUGCAAUUCGCGCUGUUAUUCUGUUCGUUCAUGGUGAUAGGGAUAUCGGUGGUCUCAGGACUCUACUUCCCGCAAUCGGACCUCACUCUAAGGUUGCCGUACUCGGCUGAAUACAACGCGGACGAGGUCAAAUUAAUCGGCCUUAGGACGCUCCGGAACAACUCCGCUACGCCACAAAAUGCGGAGUAUCGGAUCCUCAUGCCGCAAGAAAAGUCUGUAAUUUAUCUUGGAAAUACGAGCGAUGUUAUCUUACGAAAUGUUCCGAAAAAUGGCACCCUUCAUAUCGUUAUCAAAGCGACGGAAAAGAAUUAUAGCGAAGCAGUGCUCGAAAUAAAAGUGAAAUCAGUACCGGUGAGAGGAAAAACAAUCAACUGUGCAGAUUUCGUGCAGGACAUGUGCUUCUGGAAUACGUCAAGAUACAAGAUUUACGAGAAUCAACCAGUCACCAUGAUUGGCAUGUUCGGCCCGGAGGCAUACAGCUACGUGUGUCCCGAAUUUCGCGUUACCAAAUAUGAAUUAUUGAAUGGAACUGAUUAUUUUCACGUGAUCGACGAUAAACUAUACGCUAAUGCAUCGUUGGAUCGAGACGUUAUCGCAAGUUAUCCGCGAGGACCUGGACCUCGCAUCAAAGUCGAAGUAAGAUGUGUCGUUUAUGAAGAAAAUACCGGGUUGCAACAUGUACAAACGGAUGUUCUCACCAUCAACAUCCUGGAUGAGGACGACAAUCCUCCGAUAGCGCAAAAUAAAACUUCCAUCUCUAUACAGCUGCAGGACUUCUCCAAGGACCACAGAUUAGUGGAUCAGAACCUUUUGCUCCUGAAAGAUGCGGACGAGUUGACUAGCAAUAAGUAUGACGUUCGCUUGCUCGACGAUACCUUCAACGCAUUAACCGUCGAUCCUAUAAUCUUGCCGAUCGAGCAUCCCACUCUCUUGGAUCAAGCUCCUUCCACCGGUAUUUUCCCGCAAAUUUUCGCCAAGAAGACGCUGUUGCCGAAGUCGCCGUACCGUGUGACUCUUCAGGUUACAGAUGAAUCGCUUCUCGCGGGACACGGAGCGAAUUCGGUCAACAUCACUAUAACUUUCUCAGGGCCAGUGCACCAAGCUUUAACAACCGCGACGCCAUCAACUGUCGGGAUGGUUUCGUAUCCAGGAAAUGUGAAGAUUGCCCGAAUUUCUCCCAAAUAUCUACGCGUGGCGAAACCCAUUACAAAGCCGCAUUCCUCGUUAACUUUCGUUCUGAACGGCUCGAGUGCCUUCAACAUUACCCAACGAGAGGGCAUCAUUUAUGUAUCCAACGAGACUAAACUACGAUCGGAGCCCAACAUCGUUCAAUUAUCAAUAAGAUGGACCAGAGUGAAUGGGUUCGAGACAAUUAAAACCCUGCAAGUUAAUCUAGUCAACGUGUCGCAAUCGAAAGUUAUCACGUGUGGGCGAUCGGUUCAGAAAACACAUUCAUGCGCGAAUGCGGAAACGCGCGAAGAAUGCGAAAAAUCUUGCGGAAUCGGUAGUGGAAUUUUCAGCAAAGGCAGUUUCGUCGAUCGAUGCAUUUGGAGGAGCAACAACGCUACUCAAAUGUCGGAAUAUUAUUCCACCUGUUCACCGAAUCUGUCGUUCUGUCCGGAUAACGAAUGCGACGAACUGGAACGCAGCGUUCCGCACAUAUGUCCGCAAGACUGCACCGUCGAAUCCGACGUUUUCCUCGGUCACAUGAACAGCAACGGCCAUGGCAUAAAGAGUGGCCUGAAUACCUGCAGCUGCAACAGUCUGCUGCAAUGCUACUGCGGGGUCGAUUCUUUUUCGCAACAAGGAAACGAUGUACCCGGGACGUCCAGGGAGGAACGAGCCAAAAAACGGGAUCGCGGAAACGAGGUCAUCGUAUCAGGCGCGCGCAAAGCAUCCAGCGGACCGUGCGGUCCCACGUGCAUGAUGGGCGUCAUUGGGGCUAGUUUGUUUGUGUUGAUUGUAAUCGUGGGAUCAUUUAUCAUGUGGCGAUAUAGGAUGGCGGCAAAGGGCGCUCGACGAGAAUGCAAACACAGGGUGGACGAUGCGGCAAAUGGUAUUGGUAUUUUGCCGUCCGACUACAUCGAUCGUGGCGAUGGCCUCCUGAUCGGUCUGGACACGUUCACGGCGGCAAAUCGUCAUCUUUUGCUGCCCAAGACAUGCCCGCCGGAUCCAAAAUGGGAAUUCCCGAGGUCGCUACUGAAGAUCGAGCAGGUGCUGGGCGAGGGUGAAUUCGGGCGUGUUUUGCGCGCCAAAGCUAUGAACAUCGGCGGAAUUCCCGGUCCUACGACCGUCGCAGUGAAGACCCUGAAGGAGGACGCGUGUGCGUCCGAGCUGGCGGAUCUCCUCUCCGAAUACCAGUUGCUGAAGGAAGCGCAGCAUCCGAACGUGAUUCGGUUGCUAGGCGCUUGCACGACACCGCAGGGCGCGCCCGUCUACCUCAUCAUCGAAUUCGCCGAAUUCGGCUCCUUACGCAACUAUCUAAGACGCAGCCGGCAUUUGGAGUCGGAGAGUAGAAUACCUGCACCGUCGUCUCUGCUUUCCACUUCGCCGAUCAACGUCGGCGAGGAAUCGCAAUGUAGCGAUAACGCAUUGAACUAUACCAUAACGCCGCGCGAUAUUCUCUCAUUCGCCUGGCAAAUAAGCAAAGGAAUGGCCUAUCUUGCCGAUAUCAAGUUGGUGCAUCGGGAUCUUGCGGCGAGGAAUGUUUUGCUCGCAACCGGCAAGGUCUGCAAGAUCUCGGACUUCGGCUUAACUCGCGAUGUGUACGAAGACGAUGCGUAUUUGAAGCGAAGCAAAGGACGAGUGCCCGUAAAAUGGAUGGCGCCGGAAUCCCUGGCCGACCAUGUAUACACCAGCAAAUCGGACGUUUGGAGCUUCGGCGUGCUCCUAUGGGAGUUGGUCACGUUAGGAGCCUCGCCGUAUCCCGGAGUGGACGUGCAUAAUCUCUACAAUCUGCUGAAGGGCGGAUACCGUAUGGAAAAGCCGGCCAACUGUUCGCAACAGUUAUAUAAGUUGAUGGUGUCCUGUUGGCAUCAAGAGCCCGGCAUGCGACCGUCAUUCAAAGAGCUAACCAGCCAUUGGGAACGCAUGUUGGAAGACGGUGUUGAAUAUCUCGAUCUUAAUCCACGAACCGUCCAUAAUCAAGCCUACUUCGCGUCUCUACAAGCUAUAGACAGCGCCAGUGGUUCCAGCAACGAUCAAGUAAACAACGGAACUACCAAUAUCCUGAAAACGAACACAGUCAACUAUCUUGGCCGGAUAUGUUCUGAGCCCGUCACUAAAUGUGAUAAGGUGGAUAAGCUGCAGGCGCUCUGGCAGCCAUCGAUAGCGUCCUUCCCCGAGGAACCUGUGAAAUCGCCUUACGUAAACGAACGAGCCGCGAGUUUAAAAACCAAUCACUAUGAAAGUCCGAUAAAGCUGAGAAACGCCAGCGUGACCAGCAACAGCGAAAAUGAUUUGAGAACACCUCCCAAUGAACGUCCUCAGUCCUACAUCGAUAUGCAGGGAAGAAAAUCGUCGGAGACGGAGGACCUCUUGGUGUUUGGAAGCAUGGACGACGACAAGAGCGACAAUAAUGUGACAAAUUGAUCGAAUAAUCUUGCGUUGUUUGACAAAUAAAGAAAUUCAAAAUGGGAAAACACGCUGGUUUCCCGAAUCUUGACAGUGUUUUCUUGAGGCGGAUAGGUGAAAGAAAGUAAAAGUUGAUGGAGCAGUUAGUUGCAGAUUGAUUGCAAUUUGUGCGAGAAAAGGAAUAUUUAUUUAAAGAAGGAGUGUGAGAGAAAAUUGUAUAUGCGAGCAAUUGAAAGCGAAUGAUUCGUGUAGAAUGAAAAGCGCCAUGUUUUACGGUAAUCUGCGGGAAUUGAAGAAGAACAGCGAUGACAUAAUGAAACAAAUGAAAAUUGUAUUUGUGCUAAAACAAAUAUUAACUCUGUAGAGUUGGAGUAAGUCGCGAUUUAAAUUAUAUCGCAGACAGAAUUCUUGAUUGAAAGGAAGAAUUUUUGAUUGAAACAAAACGCUCUGUAGAAAGUUAGGAGUAAACUAUAUCACGCAAAAUGCGAUUGCUAUACCAAAUAUAAAUUAAUAAUUAAUUUAUGUUUUUAUAUACUUAAAAUUGUACAAUCGUUUGUCAAUCAUCACUGGUAAGACCGCUUUUAAUACUAUUAAUGAUAAUAGUUGAUGCAUUAUAAUCAUUCGUGCGAUUUUUCGAAAAGAUCAUUGUAUUUUUCAGCAUUUAAAAAUCCUCUGUAUAUUACACCGAGCUACUAUAAUAAGAUUUGAAAAUCAGUUGCUCUUUGAGAAUAUCAAAUUUCUCAAAAUAAGUUCACAGAUUGUUUCCUAGUUAGUGGUUUCUGUUACAAACUCGAUGGUGCAAACAUACACAUUUUUUCGAUUAAUUUCAAGUCGGUCAAAGAUUCCACUUGAGGCGUAAUUACGAUAUUAAUAUUUAAACUUGAAAAGUUGCAGAUUUGGUCUUCCAUCAAAUCUUUCCUGAUAGAUAUCCAUGGUUGUGAAGUUAUACGGCACCCUAUUCAACCGAAACUUAAUCAUCACGCUUCCAUUCGAAACGAGAUACUUUCUAUAUUGUCGCACUUGUCCGCUUUUGUGGCUUUCGUGUGUUCGACACACACAACGAAGCAGCGCACGCAAACUGAAGUGAUACGAACGAACUGUAAGAGUAGUAUUUUUUACGAGACGUAAAUGUGGGCUCCGGUUGGCGCGACGUCAUAUCCGAAGAAGACUGUGUUUCACCGUACCUCACCGAGGACGGAAUCGUCCCUUUUGUAUUUAUGUAUAAAGCGCAACAUUCCACCCAUGAUUAGCCUAGUUAUUUAUCGUACAAAUUUUACACGACUGCGUAUGAUUUCGACUAGUAUCACGUUUGAUGUUCGCUCUUUUUCCUUUUUAAACUUGAGGCGUUAAUAACAACGAUAUGGAGCGCAUUAUAAGCCGGUUAAUAUUGUGCCAUAUUAUUUUCUUGUAAUAUCUCAAAACAUAUAAAAGACGCUUUUAAACGGA